ACUUUUCGUUUUUGGUGUGCGCCAGACUCCAAUACUAGUUGUCGUGUGCCAUUUUUGUCCUGGAAACCUGUUCCAUUCAGGGGAUCCUCGACCCGAUCGGCCAGUUCGAUCCUAUCAGGGCAGUCACUACUUUUUGCAUUUCAGAGCAAUGGAAAACACCAAAGUACUGCCACAAUUUUUGGCAAACCCAGUUGUGUUGCAAAGUCAGGAGCUACAUGAGUAUAUACUGGCCACUAGUGUGUACCCACGAGAACCAGAGCCUCUAAAGGAACUAAGGGAAGCUACUGCUGCAAACAAUCCGCGAGCAUUCUUUGGUACAUCGCCAGAUGCAGGUCAGCUAAUGGGCAUGCUGUUGAAGUUAGUGAAUGCAAAGAAGACAAUUGAGGUUGGGGUGUUUACAGGAUAUUCUCUUCUCCUCACAGCUCUUACAAUUCCUGAUGACGGCAAGAUCACAGCCAUAGAUGUCGAUCGGAAAACGUAUGAGACGACCGGCUUGCCAAUUAUAAAGAAAGCUGGCGUUGAGGACAAAAUCAACUUCAUCGAGUCACAAGCUUUACCAGUUCUUGAUCAACUUUUGGAAGACGCAAAGAAUGAAGGGAGUUUUGACUUUGGUUUUGUUGAUGCGGAUAAGGGUAAUUACUGGAAUUACCAUGAGAGGAUGAUGAAGUUGAUUAAGGUUGGAGGGAUGGUCGUCUACGACAACACACUGUGGGGAGGAUAUGUUGCGUUGCCUGAAGAGGCUGUUCCUGAAUCGAAAAGGGCCUGGAGGAAGUCUACCAUGGAGUUUAAUAAUUCCAUCUCUGCUGACCCUCGUGUUGAAAUAUCUCAUGCUUCAAUAGGCGACGGUAUGCUCAUCUGCAGGCGAAUUUGCUGAUGCAUAUCAUGCAUGCAUGCAUGGCAUGGCUUUCCACUAUCCAUGAUCUGGUUUAUCUUUAAUUUAUGGCUCACUGUUGUUAUUUUCAGACUAAUUAUGAUCUUAUGUAUAUAUAUGUGUGUGUGUGUGUGUGAUUAUGAUGGUUUAAUAAGUUAUAAUAAUAUGACUUGGAAGUUGCUUAA